AUGAGUUUAAAUUUGGUGAAAGCUUUGAAAUUACAUAAUGAAAAAAUAUGGGACAUUGAUUGUUAUAAAGGAUUAUUGGCAACAGCCUCUACAGAUCGUAGAAUCAAGAUUGUGAACAUUGGUGAUAUUGGCGAUGGAUUAGUCUCUGAUGAUGGUAGGCUUCUCGAUGAAUUGGACGAUUCUUCUCAUAAAAAGACGGUGAGAUCUGUUGCUUGGAGACCUCAUUCUACGAUUUUAGCAGCAGGUUCAUUUGAUUCUACAGUGUCGAUUUGGGCAAAAGAUGAGAACGAUGGAGAUGCAGAUGGAGAUGGCGGUGUUGAUGAUCCAAGCAGCUUUUCCAUGGAGUUGUUGGCUGUAAUUGAAGGCCAUGAAAAUGAGGUGAAGAGUGUUGCCUGGUCCAAAGAUGGGUAUUUCUUGGCAACAUGUUCUAGAGACAAAAGUGUUUGGAUCUGGGAAUCUGACGAGAUGGGGGAGGAAUACGAGUGUAUUAGUGUUCUUCAAGAGCAUUCCCAAGAUGUCAAGCACGUUGUGUGGCAUCCUUUCAAAGAUAUUCUUGCUUCAAGCUCUUACGAUGAUACAAUUAGGAUAUGGAAAGAGUACGAUGAUGAUUGGGAAGCUGCUGCUGUCUUGAAGGGACAUGAAGGUACUGUAUGGGGUUCAGAUUUUGAAAAAAAUGUAAAUACUGACAUUGUAAGGCUUUGUAGUGGUAGUGACGAUACUACCGUUAAGAUUUGGAGGUGUGUCAGUAAUGAAUCCAUUGAAGAAGACUGGAUAUGUGAAGCGACAUUACCAAACGUUCAUGGUAAACCAGUUUAUAGUGUAUCAUGGAGUGAAGAUGGACUAAUAGCAAGUGCUGGUUCAGAUGGUAUGUUGGUUAUUUAUAAAGAAAACAAGGACAACGUAUGGGAAGUGGUUGCAAAACAUGAGCAUAGUCAUAGCAUUUAUGAGAUUAAUGUAGUCAAGUGGAUCAAACUAAAUAACGGUAAGAGCUAUCUAGCUACAGCUGGUGACGACGGUUAUGUAAAUAUUUGGGCAUAUAAUUAG